AUGAGCUGGAGUCCUAUUAAAGACUCGGGAGAUGGUGUUAAUCUACAGAGACUCUCAGAUUUUCUUGUUCAAACUGAAGAAGCUAUGAAAACAAUUGAGUAUAUGGAAGUGUUAAACAACGAAGAUAUCUUGAAGAAAAUCUGCUCAAAACUACCUAAUUUCGCCAUUCCAAGAUGGUGUCGAUGUGCCAAUGAAAUUCUUACGAAGGGGAAUAUGGUUAAAUUUCAUGACUUGGUCGAGUUCGUGAAAGCUGAAGCAGAAUUCGCAACAAAUCCAGUUUUUUCUCCAUACGCUAUUAAAGAAGAGAGAAAGGGUGAUAAGAAGUAUGAAACUAGAGAACAAAAUUCCCGAUAUUGGAGAAGAAAUGAAAAUUCAAGCAGCUUUCGCACUCAGCUUGGUUCCCAAACACCGAAAGGCGGAGUGAAGACCCUCGUAAUGCGUAAGUGUAUUCUGUGUACAGAGAAUCAUCCAUUAGCAAGUUGUCAGAAGUUUAAAGAAAUGAAAUUGAAAGACAGGAUAGACUUCGUUAGAAAGAAGGAAUU